GCGACGCGCAUCAGUUGUUUUGGAUUUUUAAAACAGCGAUUCUGAAGCUCCGCGUGCAGUUCAAGAGGCUGUUUUGCACACGGCUACCUACCCACUGCCCCACGACCGUCGUCAACACUAUUCGGAUGUGAAUGGGCUCCAAAUAAAGCCGCCAUGUUCCACAAAAGUUCACAGGGAAAACACUGGAUUUUUCGAAGUGAAGACGAUGUUGAGCAGAAGAGAUUAACGGCCAACCAGAAAUUCCGCAGCGUUACACUUGAGAGCGGAAAGCCCGCGGUGAGCGAGUCCAUGUUCCUGGAGCGUCACGAGGAGGACGUUUUGUUCCGACACUACGAGAAGAGGAUGGUGGACUUCUGCAAUGCCUUCAAGCCCGUCAUGCCCAAGUCCGUCGUGGGUACGGCCAUCAUGUACUUCAGAAGAUUCUACCUGAACAACUCCAUUAUGGAGUACCACCCGAGGAUUAUCAUGCUGACUUGUGCCUACCUGUCCUGUAAGGUGGAUGAGUUCAACGUUUCCAGCACCCAGUUUGUGGGCAACCUUCUGCAGGAGACUCCAGCAGGGCAGGAAAUGGUUCUGGAACAAAUCCUGGAGUUUGAGCUGCUGCUGAUUCAACAACUCAACUUUCACCUGGUGGUCCACACCCCCUACAGGCCGAUGGAGGGCUUGCUUAUUGACCUCAAGACGAGGUACCCCACCUUGGAGAACCCAGAGUCACUGAGGAAGAAUGCAGACGAGUUCCUGACGCAGGCGGCCAUGACGGACGCAGGGCUGCUGUUUCCCCCCUCUCAGAUCGCUCUCACGGCUAUUCUGAACAGCGCCUCGAGAGCUGGUCUCAGCAUGGAGAGCUACCUGAAUGAAUGUCUGCGGCUGAAAGAGGACAAAGAGACUCUCUCCAAGAUGUACGACUCUAUGAGACAAAUGAAAACCCUCCUCAGGAAGUAUGAACUUCCCAACGCGGAGGAGGUAAAUGCUUACAAGAAGAAGUUGGAGAGGAUUCAUGCGGAAUUUUCCAUUUCAAGCAACAAACGAAAGAGAGGUUAUGAAGAGGAUGGUCAUGUAUCAAAAGAACCUCGUUUAAUAGAAGAGGUGAGACCAUAUUUACAUGAUAUGCUGACAGUUAAGCAAUCUGGAACUACAUAUUUUCACUCUCGUUUCUCGUUGCAGGAAUGGACCGAUGAAGACCUGGUAUGAGCGUUUACCCCAAAAUGGUUUGGGCCGUAAAGAUGUUCUAGUAUACCAAUAGUUUAUUCCGAUAUUAAACUGUCACGAUUGGCUGACCAUGCCGUUACAGAAACACAAUGGAGAGUCAAAGACAGUUUGCAUAAGUGUACAUGUUAUAUUUACUUUUCUACAACAUAAAGUCCUGAUUUGCUUUUGUUCUGCAGUUGGAAUAAAGAUAUUUUUCUA